AUGGAAAACUUGGAGCAGAAGUUAUCGGAGAAUCUAUCAGUCACCUCAAGAAUUGAAACACAAUCUUCGAAAUCGGUAAGGAGAAAAUACUCAGACCAAACCUCAGUUGAUAUCCCAGUUGAUCUACUUAUCGAUAUAUUCUCUCGACUCCCUAGAAAGUCUAUAGAUAGGUUUCGUUGUGUAUCGAAGUUCUGGGGAUACAUACUCUGUCGUCCUGAUUUCACUGAGCUGUUUCUAACCAAGUCUUCCACUCGUCCACGGAUCCUUUUCACCGUAGAAGUUAAAGGCAAGUUAUUAUUCUACUCUUCACCUCAGCCUCAAAAUCCAGAUGAUAACUCUACUCUUGUAGCCACACGUUAUGAUACGUCUUUUCCCAAAUAUGUUCCAUCUGAUCGAUGUUCUACUGUCUGUGGAUUGGCCCUUCUUCAUAGUUAUAUUAAAAGACAGGGGCGGGUGUUUUGUAACCCUGUCACGGGAGAGUUCAUAACCUUACCCAAACUGCUUCUGAAAGACAAAAGCACCUUACCCCAAGUGAAAGCUAAGAGUAGUAACCCCAACACAGAAGCGAAAGCUAGGAUUUCAAGAAUAUGUCUUGGCUAUGAUCCGAUCAGCAAACAGUUCAAAGUAUUGUGUGUGAUCUCAUCACGUGGUGGAGGACCCAAUACUCAUCAGGUUUUGACAUUGGAGUCUGGAAAACGUUUGUGGAGAAGGAUCGAAUGCCAGUUUCAUUUUACGGAGAGUCAUCGUAUGUUUGAUGAAAUAUGCAUAAAUGGUGUUUUGUAUUUCAGAGCUAAGAUGAGACAAUCUUCUGUGAUAGUUUGCUUCGACGUUAGGUCUGAGAAAUUCAGCUUUAUCAACUUAGACAAAGACAUGGGAGGAAAGAAGGGUUAUUACGCUUGUGGUGAGAUGAUUUUGUUCAAAGGUGACAUUGUGUUCUUGUCGUUCCCGUACGACGACCGAUCAAAGCUUUACUUUGUUUACUUCUUCAAUCCCGAGAGGAAAACCUUUGCAAGAGUCAAUGUUCAGGGAUUUGAAGAGUUUAAGAAUCGGUUUUGGAGUGGGACUAAGCUGUUUAGAGACAUCUUAGUACACUCCCUUCAACCAGGAGGUCGUAAAAUAAAGGUGAGAGUGAUUUGUAACCCUAUCACGGGAGAGUUUCUAACCUUACCCAAAGUGCUUCUACAAAACAAAACCUUACCCGAGGUGAAAGCUAAAGCAAACGUCACAAAAGCGAAGGAUAUGAUUGCAGGAAUCUAUCUUGGAUAUGAUCCGAUCAGCAACCAGUUCCAACUGUUGUGUAUGACUUCGUCAGUUGAUGAACUUGAUCAAAAACCCAAUGCUCAUCACGUUUUGACAUUGGAUUCUGGAAAACGUUUGUGGAGAAGGAUCGAAUACAAAUUCCACUCUGAAGAGAGUUUUCUAUUGUCUGAUGAGAUAUGCAUAAAUGGUGUUUUGUAUUUCGGAGCAGAGACGGGAGGACAAUCUUCCGUGAUAGUUUGCUUCGACGUUAGGUCACAGAAGUUCGGCUUUAUUAACUUAGAUAAAGACAUGUUAGGAGAGGAUGAUGGUUAUGAUGUUUCUCGUGGUCUGACUUUGUUCAACUACAAAGGUAAAUUAGGUAUACAUCAGGAAGCAACAACAUAUAGGGAGAGAGAUCAACUCGUGUUGUGGGUUGUAGAAGAUGCUGGAAAUCAUAAAUGGUCCAAGCAUACCUACGAGCUGCCUCCUUUAAUCAGAGAGAGUUUUUUUGUUGGAAUGAGUGGUACUGGUGAAAUCGUGUUGUCGCCGUACAGCUACAGCUACGGCGGAUCAAAGCUUUUCUACGUUGACUUGUACAAUCUCGAGAGGGAAACCUUUACAAGAAUCAAUGUUCAUGGAUUUGAAGAGUUGAAACAUCCUUCUAUUCGCAUUUUCUAG